CCACGGUUUUGCAUUCGUUGGAAAGGUCUUGGGCUCCGUGAGGUUUAUAGCAAAGAAAAUUCUGGAAAAUUCAGGAAAAAUUCAACAGAAAAGUGGGGAAAUCGUUUUUCACAUACAGCGCCAUCUAUUAUACAUAGCAUGUACUUCAAACCAAUAGCAACGGUGCGUGAUAAAGUGUUUGACAGAUAGUCAUUAUUCUCUGCUCAGUUAAUUUCAUUUAAGCUCAGUGUAAAUUAUGUGGAUCGUGCAUUUGAAGUUAAAUUCAACACUCUGUCCAUAGUCCAAAAUGCCUAGAGAACGACGUGCGAACAUCGGCCGCCGCACAAGACAUGCAAGCAAGCAACAAGUCUAUUCAAGGAACUUAAGAGAAGAAAGACAAAAUAUAAUAAGAGAAAAUGACCGAUUGAGACAUCGCGUGAGCACACGAAGAUCAUUGGCAUCAUACAAUCGCUUGGCAUUCCAAUAUGAUCCCACUGCGAACUACAGUGAUGAUGAAAAUUUGGAUAUUGGACGAAUGACGACUAUAUGCCGAUAUUGCAAUGCGUUAAAGUUCAAAAGAGAAACGGUUGGAUUGUGCUGCGCAAGUGGAAAAGUCAAACUGGAUCCAUUACUUACACCACCACAGCCACUGAAAACAUUGUUUGAUGGAAGUGAUCCCGAUUCCAGCCAUUUUCUUCAACACAUCCUUGAAUACAAUAACUGCUUUCGCAUGACUUCCUUUGGAGCUAAUAUCAUUCGAGAAGGCGGCUUCAUGCCGACUUGCAAGAUACAAGGUCAAAUAUAUCAUUUGCAUGGUUCAAUGGUGCCAACCACACCAGAUGAACCGCAUCAAUUUCUGCAAAUAUAUUUUAUUUCGUCGAUGGUGGAUCAGCUGAACGUGCGGUGCAAUAUACAGGGAGCACAACAGUUAAAGAGACGAAUUAUUGAACAGUUGCAAGCAUUUUUUCACGCUAAUAAUGCUGUGGUUAAUAUGUUCAAAACAGCAUUGGAACGAAUGCCAUCGGAUACGCACAAAUUUGUCAUAAGAGCGGAUUGUACUCCAACAGGUGAACAUGUGCGAAGAUUCAAUGCACCCACCGUUAAUGAUGUUGCUGCAAUUAUUGUUGGCGAUCCAACUAAAUCACGAGACAUUGUCGUUCAGCGAAGAAGCAAUAUCAUGCAUCGUGUAAACGAGACACAUCGUUUGUACGAUGCGUUACAAUAUCCAAUCAUUUAUUGGCAAGGGCAAGACGGAUACGACAUCACGUUGAAGAUGGUCGAUCCAAUUACAGGAGUAUCAACGAAUAAUAAAAAUCUAAGCGCAAUGAAUUACUAUGCGUAUCGUAUGAUGAUUCGUACACAUGAGGAGAAUGUCAUUCUGAAGUGCGGUCGGCUAUUCCAGCAAUUCGCUGUCGACAUGUAUGUCAAAGUCGAGACCGAACGUUUAGCGUUCAUCAGAUUCAAUCAGCCAAAGCUACGAUCUGAGGACUAUAUACACUUGCGUGAUGCUAUUCAUUCAGAUGGUGAUGUUCAGAAUAUUGGACGACUGACGGUUCUCCCAUCAACUUAUAUCGGAAGCCCACGCCACAUGCACGAAUACGCUCAAGACGCUAUGACGUACGUGCGAAAUUAUGGAACUCCGGAUUUAUUUAUUACGGUCACAUGCAAUCCGAAGUGGACGGAAAUUGAACGCGAGUUGGAACCGGGUCAAAAACCGCAAGAUCGCCAUGACAUAAUCGCCAGAGUAUUUCAGCAAAAACUCAAGGUUAUGAUGGAUGUGCUUACUAAGUAUCGAGUUUUUGGUGACACACGUUGUUAUAUGUACUCGGUGGAAUGGCAGAAGCGUGGACUACCGCAUGCUCAUAUCCUAAUUUGGUUGCUGAACAAAUUACAUUCAAAUGAAGUGGAUGACAUCAUAUCAGCUGAAAUUCCUGAUCCAGUCACUGAUCCCCGUCUACACGACAUUGUGACGACACAGAUGGUGCAUGGACCGUGCGGUGCAUUAAAUCCAUUAUCGCCUUGCAUGGCUGAUGGAAAGUGCACAAAACGAUAUCCGCGACCGUUAGUUGCUGAAACAGUCACAGGGAACGAUGGAUAUCCAGUUUAUCGUCGGCGUUCAAAAGAAGAUAACGGUCAAAGUUAA